UCAACAUAUUAUGAUUACAAGAUUUUCCUUACAGAGAAACAACUUUUUGCGUUUACUUGUUUUUUUCUCUGUGAAACACUUAUUUUAUAUUAUGUUGAAUAUAAAUCCAGUGCAGUGUUUUGGCUCCUUCUUUAAAGCUUAAGCUCAGUCUUAGUUUACUCCGUUUCACCCAAAGAUGCAGGUAAAAGAGCCCUUUGUUCAAAAGGACCCAUCUAAAGGAAAUGAACGUCACAAGCGUUUAAUAGGUGAACAUGUAGAAUAGCAAAAAGCUCAAUAAAUUAUGAGCAAUCGUGUGAAGUAAUUGAGAUCUCAGUCUUGACCAAGCUUCUCUAAACUAAAUGAUUUUUGUCAUAAUCAAGUAGCCCCAAUAAAUCACAGGAAUUAAGACAAAUUAGAGGUACAGUGAAGACGUAAUAACAUAAUUUUUUCUUAUUGAUCUGCAAUUUCAAGACAGAGAGAAAAAGUGUGUGUGGGUUUUUUCCCCAUUUUAUCUGUUAUGAUGUGGGUCUUAUUGAAUCAUACCAAAUGGAUUUUAUUUGCAAUAUCUAAUUACUUUUUUCUUAACAUCUUUUUCAUUCAUUUCAUUUUCAGUCAUUAAAUGCGUUAUUGUGGAUACUGCAACUAAUAAUGCUGAGCGUCGCCCUGUAGCCAGGUGAGAUAUAAAGGUGCUAAUUCAGUGGUGAUUUGUAUUCAUUACAGUUGUGAAAAUCGAUCUCUACAAUACAAAUAUAAUACCGCUAUUCAACAUUGGUUGAAGUUCAUAAAUGAGAGAAAACUGAGCAGCACCAGGAUUUUCUCAUCAAACUGUGCUUCAAUUGUUUCUUUAAAUAUUCUCUUCACUCGCUGCUUACAAAAGAUUUUUGAUUAUUUUAUUCAGACACAUUCUUCUUGUUCUCUUGUGUUGAAGUGUGAAAAAAAAUAAAUAAAUAAUACAUGCAGUGCCAGUAUAUCCAAGCUGUUCACAUUUUCUUCCCUGUCUGCUUGUGCUUUGUCCCUCCGUGCAUAAACCUGUAGCUCUUAAGAUAGACUCGAGCUAGAAAUACGAAGCUCUGAAUAAAUGAACUUGGGGUUAACAUAAAGUCAUCAACUCCCUAAAUGACUUUGGCAUAUGCCAUCUCCCCGACUCUCAUAAAUCCCUGCGUCAUUAAAAUUGCAUUAAUUAUGAAGUAUCAGUGUUUGACAAUUCUUUGCAUAUUCUGAAAUAAAUUAGUGUCGCAUUUGAUCAAAAUUAACUAAAUCUUUUAACCAUCAGUCACUGCCACGUCUGCUACAUCUGCCGAACACUUCCACUCACUUUAAAUCCAGAUGACGUUUUGCUCAAAGUUGCACAAAAUGAAUCACUUCAGAGACAUCGUUGUUAUUUUGACAUAAGUUAUGGAGAUAAGGACAGAUGGAUUUCCAUGGCUGCAUUUUAACAAAAGCGUUGACUGCCCUCUGUGUUUUCUCUCUUGCUUCACCUCAGCACCCUCAUCUGGCCUGGCUCAGUGUCAGCUCGGCGUUUGCUGUUUUUCCAUUAAAUCAUCUGCCUGAAACAUUUUUCAUUUCCAUUUAUUAUGCAACAGAAUGCAUUCAGAGGUAGACCAUUAAUCCAUCUCGCUUAAAAAGUAAACUUUGCUUCUACUGCUCAGGUCAGACAGCUCUGCGGUACCUUUCCUACAUACUUAAUCUUUGACUAAAUUUGGAUCUCGUUUUGUUUCGCUCUAAAAUUACCAUGGAAACACAACACCCCUCUCAACAUAAUUAUACUUUUUAACAUGUAUUAAUAAAGGCUAUUUGUAUGUUUUUUGUUUGCCCUGCGAUGCACCUUUUUUUUCUAGUGUGCAGGUGUAAGCAUGUCGGAUGACUCGAUGUCUUGAAGGUUAUACACGGCCCAUUUGACUAAUGGCCCGACUCUCUGUACAUGCUCAUGCUAAUCACUUCUCUGAUUGAUUGUGGUGCUCCAAAGCACUAAUGGCAUCAUUAGCUGGAACUGUUGUGGCAGUCUCGGCUCUGAGCUUUCAAUUCCCUAACAGAGAUUUUCUUUAUCCUUUCUGUUGUUAUUAAGAUCCUAGACUAGGAUGGGUUCAUUUUAAAUUUAAUUGGCUUUAUUUUUAGUAAAGGUGAAAAACGUAGAUCCUUAACCCCGAGUGUUGCCACGUUCAGUCUUUGGUCAUUCUGUUAGUUAAGCUGUAGCGAGUGUUACCAUGGAAACCCUGGAACAAAUCCUGUAGUAAGAAAAAUGAUCAGAAAAAAAUGAAGAGAGAGACGGCAAGCAAAGCUGCAGUGAGACUUGUAUCAUUAGUAAGGGAAUGAUACAUUUGCACCUGGAUGCUAAUUGUACGUAAACAUGAUGGACUUUUUUUUUUCUUUUUUUGCAGGGGGUAGGUGAGGUCCGGGCCUAUAGUGACACAAGUGAAACUUUGCUUUUGGUGUACUUUAUGAAAUCCUGCCAAUCAGAAGAGAAAAAAACAGCUGGAAAUUCAAUUCUUGAUUUAACAAGAUUUUUAUGUGUCAAAGCUGCUAAUUCUGUCUUCCCAGCCAUCUUAAAUGUGCAGCAGAGUGAUUUCUCUCAUGAUCAAUCAGCUGUCUGAGCUCAAAGGACCAACAUGCUAAUCUUUACCAGCUGUACAAGAGCAAGCUGAUAACUACCAAGUUACAGUCUGACACACUCAAGAAGCUGUGAGCAUGCAUGGGGAGAGUUUUUAAUGUUUGCUAGUUGCCCGAAGCAAGAAAGAGAAAAGUUUUAGCUUUAUUUGUUGCACAUAUUUGUGACUACCUUCAGAGACUCUGCCUAUUUUCAUGAUAGUGUUACUUUAUUAAUUCAAUUUGUGCUUAUGGACUGUAUUACCUUAAAAAAAAGAACAAAGUAAUUUCACCUGGAAAAAUACGUGACAUGCAAAGUUUAAGUGUUGAUUCAUGGGUAACUUUCAAAGUGAGUAUAACUGGGGAAAAACGGACAAACCCAUUGUAGAACCCAGCUAGACUUGCUGAUUUCAUUUGUAGUUUCGAUGCAAAUAAUGCAAAUUUAAGUACCCUCAUUUUGUAAAAAGGUAGAAUUAAAAUAGUUUGCUUAUUGCAUAACAGCCAGCAGUUGGUGCUCAAUAAGUGUUAUGGCAGAAACAAACAUUGUAAAUUAGAUUUCACUGACCUAAAGUUACCCCCAUUACUAUUUCUACCAACAGGUCUGGGCAGUGUUAUAUAAUUGUUCACGCCCUAUACAACAAAAGAGUGGAAAAGUUGUGAAAAAGUCAACUGUGUCGGUAUCAGAACUGAAUACAGUAUACCAGAGUAUCUCAGUCUUUCAGAAGUAAAGAUAAGAAUGGGUUCUUCUUUUUUAAGCUUGUGUAGGAAAAUAUUUCCAUCAUAAACUUGAUAAUCUCUAGAUACUAUCAUAUUGUAGUAACCGAUAGUAACAGUUCCAGACAAUUAUCUAUAAGGGAAAACUCCAGUGCUGAAUGAGCAUGAUCUACUAGCUAAUACCUCUAAGAACUCCUUAAAAAAUGCAUAAAAGUAAACAAAUAAAUCACAAUUCUUAAAUGACUCACAGCAAUGUUUCAGUAACACUUCUGAAAAUGUGUGUUUAUGUUCAGUGAGCAAAGAUUGUUCACAAAUGCAAGUCAGAACUCUAACAGCACCCAAACAAGAGCCAGUAAUGCUGCCAUUGCCAUCUGGAUACACAAAAUCUGAAAGUCUGUUUGAAAAUCAAGAGUACCAUAUCAUGCAAAUUAAAGAGAAGAGGCAUUAUGUAGCUUUGUGGACAGGCUUGAGUAACAUGAUGUCACAUAAUUGUCUUUAAGAAAGACCUUGCUUAUUUCUGCAAGACAAUGUCAAACCACUAGAGUGCUUUGAGUACUCCGGGAGAGUAGAAAAGCGCUAUAUAAGAAUCAGUCCAUUUACCACUGCUAACCAAUUUAUUUUAAUGCAUUAUAAAAACAAACUGUACAAAAUUCAGUUGAAUAUAGAAUUUCAAUGACUUGCACAUUAUGUCUUUUUGCAUUUAAUUCAAUUUCCAGCAAUGCUCCAACAAUUAUGGAAACAGGAAUGCUUUUAGUGUUAAGUUUAUCCCAGGGUAAGACAUCAAUUGUUUUCUGUUGAUUCUUUGGUGUGCAGACUGAAUCAUGGUCGGGGUUAUCAAAGUGUGUGGAUGGCCGCAGGGAGUCAUAAAGGUUAGGAGUGUGUUUGCAGAGUGGAGCUGGGAUGCUGCCAACCUGUCAGACAGUGUUUAGCUAGUGUCAGUUGGGGAAAAUUCUAAGUGUAACUGAAGCUGAUUGUGUAAUCAUGGGGACUGGAGUCCAGCUGGAUGAAUGACACACGAGUUUUAGGGUUAUUAAAACUGGGACAUUCAUUGAGAUGUGUGCACGCCCACAUUUUAAGCACCGUCCCCUUUUUUGUUGUAACUACUUGCUCGUCAGAUUUUAAAUGUCCUUCUGCUCUGUCUAAAUGUGGGCCAGGUGUGAGGAUAGAUCUAAAGCAGCUGCUUCCCGCUAUUUUUAAAUCAAAAAAGGUGGUGGUAGUUUAAUAAAAAAGAGCAGCAGCAUGAAAACAAACCUAAUCAACCAUGAAGCAGAUGAAAAAAAAGGAUAGUGUUUGCCUGGCUUGCUCCCUUUGUCCUCAAACGAGAAGCUGAUUUUGGAGGUAGCACAGAAUCCGUAUGAAUAACAACUACGAAGAGGUUCAGUGACUGCAUAAAAUUAUGGAUACUGGGGGGAUAAUAUCUGAUUUUUCACAUUACUGUUUGUUGACAGGUCUUGGUCAGUCCCACACACCUCAUCUCUGCUGGAGGCUUUAGCAACUUGAAGCUUUACCAACUUGAGGCUUCAUUAACCACUAUUAGCAUUACAAGUAUGAACGCCUGACUAAGCUGCAGGUUCAGCUUUGGUUGUUGGUAAUGUAGGUGGAAGGAUUUGUCAGAUUCUGUCCACUUUACUCCAGCAGUCUAAGAGUACAAUGUUAAUGAUGUGCUAUAAAAUUCCUGAUUUAUUUUAAAUAAGUUGUGGUUUUGAAAAUGAGCAACAAAAUCAGUCAGACAAAUUGAUGUGUUAUAUAAGAUAUAUGGAACAUCAUAAUCUACUCCCUAAUGAUGCGGAGAAUCAAUUAAAAACAUUUAGCAGUGGCAGCAGAUGUGGCAUAAGUAUAUUGAACGAGCAGGUGAAACCUAACAUCAGCGGUCUCUUUUUAUUGAGCUGUUCCUCGUUAUGUUUCUGUGACCACUGACAAUUAAUAAAAAUAGAGGUGAUCAUGUUCAGCACAGUUUGCUUCUGUAAUGUUGGGCGAUCGACAGCACCGGUGUUGUGGGUUCCUCCAGGCCACCCUCGAGCCAUCAGGGCUGGAGUCAUUCCACUUCCACCUCUACUGAUUUAGCAGAAAAUGAAGUAAAUCUGCUUUUCAUUAGCCGGCGAGGAGCUAGUAACCCUCAGUUAUUUCUCUCUAAUUUUGACAAAGAAAAAUAUAAUACGUACAUUUAAUAAAAUAAACGAGUUCAAAAUUCUGAUUAAAUAAUAGCUGUGCUCAGUUUUUAUUCUUAGGUUUCUAAAUGUGUUCUUAAUAUUCUUUUUGCACUACAAUUGUGUGUUUUUAUUAUCAAUCCCACAGAUAUCAUUAGGGCUUCAUGCAAUUUAACAUUAUUUCAUCUCAACUUAACACCUACUGUGCAAGUUGAGCUGCUUUUAGACAGUUGCUGAAGUCAUUCGCAGUAUAGAAAGCUAGUUUUAAAAUAAGUCUUUCUGACUAUGUGCAACAGAGCUCCUGUGGUUUUUUUCCUAACACAAAAAACGAUGCUUCUUUUUCAGCCUGCAGGCUAAAUUACAGCAUCUCCAUCACUGCUAACUGUUUUCUUGCUGAGACUGUUUUUUUGGUGGCUUUCUUUGAGUGAUGUCACCUCCUGCUCCGACAGAGCAGACAGCUGUGCCGUUUACAGGUAGGAUGAUCACCACGCGCCCUAUUAUUCUCUAUGUGACUCAGACUUUUCAAUCAUAAUGAGUAUGCAGGUGAGUGCAAAGGGCAACUUCUGUAAUAGUCGGUCUUGAGUAGAACCAGUUUUUUCUGAAUUUGGCACAGCAGACUGAUUGCUUAUGUUCAAUUAAGCAACAUGCUGAUUUGUGUUUUACUUCAAAAAUAGACCAGUUAUUUAUCUCAUUCUGUUCACUGAAAAAAGUAAACAUUACUUUUAGCUACAAAAUUAUAGUCCUGUAUAUGUGACUUGUAUAUAUGUCUGAACACCCCUAUGUAUUUAUAGUCCUCUUCACUAAGACUGAAUUUCGUAGCUGAAAGUGGCAGUGAUCAAUAUUCAUGUUAACUGAUUACUGAAGGUGUUGCUACUGGUAACAAAUCCACAGAUAACUGCCACUUAUCUCACGUCCUUUCAGCUCUACAGUCUCCUUUGUUUGUCUCGGUUUACUGUUUUUAAGCGUCUCACCAGCAUUUGUCUUUUGAGCUGCUGCACAUGGAGGCAGUUUGUACAGAGUGACAUACUUUAUCUAAACAAACAAAGUAAAGAAAACCGAGACAUAUCAGAUUUAUUUAGCUUAAUCCUCAGAAUUUUAUAGAGCAAAAGAAAUGUUGCUUAAAAAUACACUGAUAAGAUUUUGACUACUAAUGAGGUCAGUCUUUUUGAUUAACAGAAAAAGAGUGACUGCUUGGAUAAAAAUGGUGUGAACACUGUGUAGGUUUUACAGAAAAUGCAUUUUAGUGGGUGAUUCUAAAUGUAAGAAUAAGUCACUGAAAAACUUCUGGAAAGUGUCUCUAAGGUCUAUAACAGAGAAAUGUUUAGUAAAGGUUUAGUCUGGCUUAUUUUUACACACAAAAAAUAUCUAGAGCAGGUGUUGCUAUAAACCAAAGAGACUGCCUUCUACAGGAGAAGAAUGCCGGAGGACAGUUCUGCCUGCAUCAGCUACAUCAAAGACACUUUUCGUGUUAAUGCAAGGCAGCAGCUGUUUUAAGGUUAAAUCAAUUAAGCUAAAUUGAUGAGCACAGCAGCAUUCACUACCUUUGUUUGAGUAUAUGAAUUCUUUGAUGGGGAACGUGCUGAGGAUUUCACUGGAGCCAGUUUUCUGGCCUCAAAUGAGCGCCACACCUCAACAUAUUGUUAUCCUUGACACAGACUCGAAGAUGAUAGACAAGUCCAAGCCAAACCUCUGUCACAUCACAAAGGAAGCUAUCUCUAGAUGGUUCUAUGAACCCUGACAACAACUAUUAGAUGGAAUAAUGAUUAAAUGAGCUACUAUCAUGAGACAUCAGUCUUUAAGUUUUAAUCAGUAGCUACCCAGGGACUUAUCUUUGUAUUAAAAAAAUAAAAGCUUUAGGUCCAGCUGGAAGAUGGAAAGUGAAGCUGCCCGCUAAGCUUUUUUCUCUUGAUGACAAGUGUUGCUGCCGUUAGUUUGGAAAAGUCUAACAGCUCAGAAAAAGCCACUGAUUACUUCGCCUGCCACCGCUAACAUUUUAAAUUAAGCUGGGGUUUUGAUUAAUGGCAUCCCAGCGCAUGUAUACUGUUUUUCUUUGCCUCCUGUGUCCUGCUUGCCCUUGACACAGCCUCACCUGUGCAUUCACCAACAAGGCCAGCGUGGAGCUUGCCCUCUUGUGAAUCAACUACAACCUCGCAGAGUUCCUGUUUAACUAUUAAGUGUUUAAUGCAGGCUUCUGAAACAUUCUAGGCCUCAUUAACAUGAAUCUAUGAAUGUUUAAUUGUGGUUUGUAUUUACAAGCUGCUCUCUCGCUGCCAGUUUGCCACUAUGUGGCCUUUGAUCUUGUGACGGUGCAUUUGACUAAAACAUACCGGAUUAUUUUAUAGGACUCACAUGCUACGAUGCUGCAGCUAUACAAUGCGGUCUAAUUGUAUCUGAUGUUUGGGCUGGCUGUGUCCCUAAUUAAUCUGUGAUUUCCCUUAUGUUUUAGAAUUGCAAAUUGGAUAUAUUGAGCCUUUGAGCUGUUCGUUACACUGGCUGCAUAGCUGGACUGAGAAACCCUCUUUAUGGCUCCAAGCUAAUUAUUCAGCCUGUGGAUCCAAGCUCUGGAAGGCUGCCUCUGCCUCUAGCUGUAGGCAGUGAAUGUGUGCGUGCUUAUGCAUUCCACCAUAGCAUACAGUAGGCGUUAGAAGAAAUAUGUAUACAUGCACGCAUUUGACAUUCCAGAUUUCACACUGUGUUCCUGUUCUUUGUAUUUUUGCUGGUUAUGCAUUAUACAUGGACCUGUUUUAACGUUUUCACAGUGCACGUUUUGCUGUUUGGGAACGAUGCGCUUCAUUAUGUGUGCAAAUGCGAGCACAUGCCAGUUUGGAUUUCUGUGCUAAUUUCUCUUGACAGCUUGAAAUGUUUCUUUAAACUUAUGUGUGGGCUCUAUAGUUCAAAGUUAAAAAAUGUCUUAUCAUUACGCAUUCAAAGAUGAGAUCACAAGAAGUUGUCAAGCAGCGUUCGAGAACUUUCAGCUGAACGGCAAAAAGCAACACGGUUCCAGUCAAAAUCAUGUCAAACCCACACGCGGAGUUCGAUAUUCACCCCGUGAUGUUAAGAAACCGUUUUAUAUUAAUUAGUUUGGUCUCUGGCAUUUAUUAUAUACUACUACAAAAAUGAUCUAAUAUCCUGAUAAUUAUUCAGAGCCACCACACAUUGCAGGUUCUGACAAAUUAUAUAGACGGGGUUAUAUUCUGAGCUUUAUUUUACAUUUUUCUGUAGAAACAGAGAGCAGCUUAGGGGAGUUUAAUGAAGCAAUCUAAAAAAUUAAAAUGAAGUGGAAAAAUAGCCUUCAUCACACAGGGAGAAAAUGGUCUCCUCUAUAAUUGGCACAAGAACAUUACUGAAUGUUAAUGAGUGAAACCUUGAAUUUUACAAAACCAUGCAUUGCAGGACUCGGUGAACAAGAGCCCUUACAGCGAGUUGGCUCUGAAGCUGUCUGUUUACUUGUAUUGACGAAGGCUAUUUAACUUGACUGUCCUAAACGGAGAGUGCUUGUUGGCGCAAGUGAUAUUUGCAGACCAGGAAUGCAAUAAUCCUUCACCAUUAAAAAAGGAAAAAAAAAUGGUACAAAAGGUGGGUUUGCAUCCGAAACGAGGUAAUAAGAUAACAUUUUGUUGUGUGGAAGGUUGUUCUGCUCAGAGCCACAAAGGACACGCUCAAAGACUGAACUAUGCCUCUACGUUUUAUGAAAAAUAAAAUGAGCUUUCUCAGAGAAUUGAACAUGCAGCCUCGCUUGCUAUGUAUUAAGGUCGUUGUCUUUAUAGAACUACAGAGGCCACCAGCGCUACUUACAAAGAACCAAAUAAAUUAAAAAUGGAAAAUAUGUGUAAAAAAAAUGAAUGAUUUACAAAGUUUUUUCAAUUCAUAGCACUAAACAUACCAUUGCCAGAGUGUUUAUUUGGGUCAUAUCAAUUUUGCUAUUGAGAUAUUAAAAAAAUAACAAAAAAAUCAGUGGUUGUUCCUUAACCUGAGUUUAGAUCUCAGGUUAUGGAACAAGGACAAAUGUACGUGAAAUAGAGCAGCUUGGAAUUAAUCAAAAGAAAAAUGUGUAUAUAUAAUUUUCUUUCCGCUUAUUAUUUUGCUAGACUAAAAUGUCUAAGGUUUAGUGGACCAUUUCAAGUUAAAGUUAAGAGAAAAAUCCAGUGAAUCUCAAUGAGCAGGUCCUUAGCUGAGGGAAGACGGUCCCUUUACUAGACAAAGUGCUAAAAGACCAAAGCUAAAGUCGGCAAAGAGUGCAUAACCCAUUUUAUUCCAAUCCAGUUUUUCCAAACAAAUUUAAAAUCUCUAUUGCCGGAAUAAAAAGAAUGAGAUAAAAAAAAAAAUUAACCCAGAGAACAUGAGAUUCUACGCGUGGCUUUUGUGCACUGCAUGCACACAGCAGCCUCUCAUCGCUCUGAGGCUGUGUGGCUCAGCAGCAGCAGCAGACAAACAGAGGGGGGCGAAGGACGGCGCAAGUUAGCACAGAGAGAGACAGGCGCUCUCAUCAGUGACGGGCUCACCGGCUGCGUGGACAGAGCUGUGGCGCAGGAGGAGGAGAAGAAGAGCAAUGGGGGGACAAGCUGCCUGAAAAGCAGAGCAAAACAGAGGAGCAAAAGCGUGAGAGACAUCGAGAGAGAGAGGGGGAGAAAAAAGAGAGAUCACAGAGAGGAGAGAAGUCAUUCAGACCAGGGAGAGGGAGCGAGCUGGAUGAAGCUGACAAGGACACAGAGAGAGGAAAGCGCACACAGAAGCCUUUCCUGAUGGAAGAAAAGCAAGGGAGUGCUCGGACAAAGUGAAAAAGAAGAAGAGGAGGAGGUGGGGUGCCCAACAGGAGGUCGAGCUUACGGGGCUUGACUGACAUAAAAGACAAGAGGAGGAGGAGCAUGAGGGCAAGUUGAUGGAUUUGAUUUGGAGAGAGUAUUUUUAGAAGGAGGAGCGGAGACAUGAGGGGAAUAUUGAGAUUAGAGAUCCUGUCUGUGAGUGGGGGAGAAAAAACUAGGGGGGAAGAAGAAGAAGAAAGAAUAACAGGAGACAGAUAAGGGGGGAGAGAUGUUGAGAUGUGUGACAGAACAGAUUAUCUCUGGUCUGGUUUCCCGCAGGAAACCGCUGUGAGUGUUUGUCCGUGUACGUGCAUGAGUGCCUCCUUCUCCAUGUGAAAGUGUGUUGUGGUACGUCUCUAACUGUGGCCGCGCUGCUGAGAAGCAGGUCCGCUGCAAGAUGAAGCUGUCCCGUGUUUACCUGCAGGACCUAAUAACGCCGGUUAAAACAGAGUUCAGGGACAGACGAGGAGCGGAUCAGUGACAUCAGAAAGAACUAAAGGCACCAAAAGUGAGACCAGAAAGUGGGAGAAGAAAACAAAUGAGGAUCGUAGACUUUUGCGAAUUCAAUUAAACCACAUACUUAAUAGUGACAAGGAAGUGAUUGCUGCCUCUGGCUGAUGAAUGCUUCUGCAAAGCUGUGAAGCUCAAAAACACAUACUUAACCCAAAAGAAGACAAAGCACAGCGCUGGAACACGGCUCUUCUUGCGGACUGCACCACACCAACCAAUUCUGUCCUCUGUCAUCUCAUUAUUUUAAUUACCUUCCCUUCUUUCAUUUGUUUUUUGUCCUCUGUACUAAGCCCGUGGUAUUUUGUAUUCUGUCCUCUUCUCUCCCUCUCUCCUCUCCUCCCCUCCCUCUUCCUCCUGCCUUCGCUCUCUCUGUCUCAUCCUCUCUUGUUCACUGUCACCCUAACUGCCGUGGAUGCUGGAGUCAUUCAUGUAGAAGACACCUUGCUUGGAGCACAUUUGCCUAGCUGAUUUUUUUUCUGUCCCUGCUGAGCUGGAUGAUUGGAGCACUCUCACAUGGAGAGACCAAGAGAAAUGACCAACAAGUAGCUGCUGCUCAGUUCAACAGAGCUCCUGCACCAAUAGGCAGCUUCAAAACACACAGCUUUCGUAAGGUCACUUUUUGUGUGUGUGUGCAUGCAGUGUCAAUGCACUUCAAAGUCUAUAGGUCUGUAGUGUUUUUUAGGGUCAACACAUAUCCAUGUGUGGAUUACAGUAGUGGAUUUAUCCUGGAGCUACAUGUGGGCCCCAGCCCCUGAGGCCUGGCUGGGAAAUGAAGCCUUUCCCGCAGCUUUAGGAGCACUGUGGACAGCGAUGGCCUUGGAAGGGCGCUGUCUCCGGAGGGGAUCCCCGGCCAUGAUCAGAAAAGGCCGUCAGCGGCUUCAUCCGAAGCCAACUCUGGCCCAGGUCACUUCCACUCUGCUGUCAAGGACACGCCUACACGGUUUGCGGCAUAUUUGCGUCCCUGGUGGCUCUGUGGGCCGCAGGGCCUUCUGGCUUCUGGCACUCUGCACCUCUGUAGGGUUGCUUUUAUCCUGGUCCUCCAACCGCUUACUCCACUGGCUUUCCUUUCCCACAUACACGCGAGUCCACACUGAAUGGGCCAAAGAACUGGCUUUCCCUACAGUCACUAUCUGUAACAAUAACCCUAUCCGCCUGUACAAACUCACCAAGAGUGACCUGUACUUUGCUGGCCACUGGCUGGGCCUGCUGCUUGCUAACCGGACAGUGAGACCCAUGGUUUUGGACUUGCUUCAGGAGGACCGUCGCACCUGGUUCAAGAAACUGUCAGACUUCAGGCUCUUUCUCCCACCCAGAAACUUUGAAGGGACCAACCUGGAGUUUAUGGACAGACUGAGCCACCAACUGGAUGACAUGCUUCUGUCCUGCAAAUAUAGAGGAGAGCCAUGUGGAGCUCAUAACUUCUCUUCUGUGUUCACCAGAUAUGGGAAGUGCUAUAUGUUCAACGCAGCAGAGGAGGGGAAGACGCUGCGCACCACCAUGAAGGGAGGGACUGGAAAUGGCCUGGAGAUCAUGCUCGACAUCCAGCAAGAUGAAUACCUGCCUGUAUGGGGUGACACAGAAGAUACAGCCUUUGAGGCAGGUGUGCGGGUACAAAUCCACAGCCAGGCAGAGCCUCCAUUCAUUCACGAACUGGGCUUCGGUGUGGCGCCUGGCUUCCAGACAUUUGUAGCAACACAGGAGCAGAGGCUGACCUACCUGCCUCCCCCAUGGGGCGAGUGUGAGUCGAAAGCUCUGGAGUCUGGCUUUUUCCAGGUCUACAGUGUAACUGCCUGCAGGAUCGACUGUGAAACACGCUACAUAGUGGAGAAUUGCAACUGCAGGAUGGUGCACAUGCCUGGAGAUGCUUCGUACUGCACACCUGAACAGUACAAGGACUGUGCUGAGCCUGCCCUUGCUAAACUGUCUGCUGUGGAAAGCAGUAACUGCAUGUGCAGGACGCCAUGCAACAUGACCCGCUACAACAAAGAGUUAUCCAUGGUCAAAAUCCCCAGCAAGACUUCAGCCCGCUACCUGCAGAAAAAGUUCAACAAGUCAGAGAAGUACAUCACAGACAACAUCUUGGUGUUGGAUGUGUUCUUUGAAGCUUUGAACUACGAGACCAUUGAGCAAAAGAAAGCCUAUGAGGUGGCAGGCUUGCUGGGUGAUAUUGGUGGCCAGAUGGGUUUGUUCAUUGGAGCCAGCAUCCUCACCAUCUUAGAGCUGUUUGACUACGCGUAUGAGGUGGUGAAAGACAGACUACUGGACUUACUAAGCAGAGAGGAGGAGGAGGAGAGUCAUGGAGAGGACGUGAGUUCCUGUGACCCUGUGGCAAACCACUCAGAGUCCAUCAGCCACACUGUGACUGUCCCCUUGCAGACAACGCUGGGCACCCUGGAGGAGAUUGCUUGCUGAAGCCCGUCUCCCUUCCCCUCAGAGCAACACAUAUCCAGCGGCUGCCUCCACUAGGUGGCGCUACAUCCUUCGCUACAGCAUCCUGCAGGACCUUAAAAAGGGGGGGGAGGAGACAAGGACAAGAACACUGGUUGGUCUAAGGACAGCGCUUUGCUCUGUUACACCCCUCCCCCCGUCUGAGGCACUAAUAGGGAUGAAGGAGCUGUCAGCUGGACUUAUCAGCACUUUUUGUCACCCUGCAAUGGGAGGGUGGCCUCUGCUGUGCCAAACCCGCAGUGGGGUCUGAGUCUCCACAUGCACGCACACACAAAAAAUGUGACUGGGUGGGACAAUAACCCAUAAAAGGGACUCAUCCCUGUGCAGCAUAUUUAUGUAAAAUAACACAAAUAUGUUGCUCACUGCCAAACGAACUGUACAAAAAUUGGUUUCGACUGUCCAAACUGCAUGCGUCGAUCUCUCUUGCUCUCUUUGCUGAUGCAUACGUUGGACUGCAGUGUUGCUUUACUCUAUAUGUGCGCCAUUUGCCCCGCCCCCCAUCUGCAGCACAGGCCUGUAACAAGGGCCCAGGUGAGAUAUUGAACUUCGAAUGUACAGAUUGAGCGUAUGGUUGUUUAAAAUCAUAGUUCAGGUUGUGACCAAACCGUCUCUGAAAUCUAUUCUAAUGAGCAGUUUAUCAUUUCUUUAAUAUGCAGCUAAUUAUCUUUGUAGUAGGAGUUGGUGAAGUGUGAGGGAGAAAAAAAACGUAAUAUUUUUUGCUUUGUUUAUUGAAAACAGUGUGAACAUUUAGGAGCCCACAUUUUGCAUAUUCUUUUCACCUUUCAGUUUCUGUUUAACGAUUUUACUCGAAGGCAAGUUUGUUGCGUGCAGUGCUAAGCCCUUCUUUACAGGCAUCUUUAAAGGGAUGCCGUAUGCUUACAUUUAAUUUAUGUGAAUAAAGGACUUGCUUCUGGCUGCUGCACUUCACCAGAGGAUUUAUUUGCCUGCCAGACAGCAAGCCUUGUACAAAGCACUGCAGUAAAUGAAUACGGCCAGGGAGUUGUUAAACCAUUAUUUCAUUAAGAGAAUGUCAGGGUGAAAUUUUGGACAGCUAUUACCAUUUUAUCAAGAAUGGCAUCGUUUUGUCCUCGGCCAAAAGAAAUCCCCAAGCUUAACAAUUUUAAACCAUUUUCAUGAUUAUAAAAAUGAUUACAAAAGCACCAUGAGGAGUAUUUGGCCAGGAUGUUUGUUAGGAUACAGGGUCUGCUGUGUUAUGGUGUAAAUAAUUGUGUUUUAUUUUCUCUCUAUGGCUUUCAUAAAAACGGGUACCACGCAGAGAUGCCUGAAGCAACUCUUAUUCAAAAGAACUUUGGUGAAACGUCAACUCCAGGUCCACAAUUGACUGCAUAUAUGUCACGUUUCUUUAAGAAUAUUACUCAUUCAGCAGUUCUAAGUAGGCCAGUAUGUUAUUGAGGUAGUUGAAUGUCGUGCUAAAAAUGAAAGACCCAUGCUUUUCAGUACGGGUUUAGCUGAACCUUGAGUGUACUCAAAAGCAACCAUUACAUAGUACAUCGUGGCUUCACACCAAAAGCUUUUGUGAUACUACUCGGAAGAUUUAGUGUAUCUGAGUUUUUUGGGUUUGUUUGUUUGGGUUUUUUUUUUUUUAUUUCUAGCCCAUGAUCAUCCUGGCUUGGUCUCUGUCAUCAUGGUAAUAUACAUUACAGGUAGGAAUGAAUUCAAGUGCUUUGUUAGACUGUUUGAAUUAUGAUUUCCAUCUGUGGCUCAACCUGCUGUCUGUGUGUAUCUCAUGUUGUGGCUUCAGACGAACACAGUCCUCAGCUACCCUGCAGGGGGAAACAUAAACGUGUCUCUUCUCUCGCCGGCACCGACACUGGCUGUUUCUUCUGUCUACGUCAGCUUCAGUUGUUAUUGGAGGACAGCGUUUUCUCAUUUUGUGAUGCAGCAUACAGUGUGUGUUUUUAAUGUGAAAUGAUUAAAUGAAAACAUUGUUUUGCA